AUGAAUUUCUUCAACCCGUUUUCGCGACAAGGGGCUCAAUGGACGUUUGUAGGCCGUACAUCGUCAUUUCCAGAUGUAGACGAUGAUGCAGGCAACUUGGCAAAACAUCGCCUGUGUAACGGAAAAUCAAUACCAGGCUGCAAAGCAUUCCACAUACCGAAGGAAGACGUCUCUUCGUCAAAAGAAGUUCCCGUCGGCGAUGAUUCUACGUUGGAGGCACUUGUGAAUCAGGUGCUUGUAUUUCAAUACAAAGGCAAAUUCCAUGCAAUCGACCAUUCAUGUCCACAUAGCCAAUACCCUCUUUCAAAAGGGACACCGUUCGACAUUGAGGACUUUGGCGUUGUACUGAGCGCUGGAGUGUCGUGUCCCAACCAUGGUUGGUCCUUCGAUCUGUUCACUGGCAUGUCAGAUCGAGGGAACUACAGACUCCAGACCUGGGAGGUGGAGAUCAGGGAUAUAAAAGAAACGGAAUCCACUGAUACAAAAGAGAAGAGUGACUUGUCUACGGAUAAAGAAGUUUGGGUCAGGAGGAAGCAAAGGAUUGGCUGA